AUGAUUUUUUUCAAGCGGUUCUGGAUUAUUUUGUUUGAGAGCCGUUGUCAUUGCUCUUUAAAGCCUCUGGAGUCAAAUUUGGGGUUUUGUCUUUCAGAAAACUAUCCGACCGAUGGGAAGUCCGAGUCCGUGUCUAACCUGCAGCCCCAGCCCUCCUCCAGCUCCCUGCACUCCAGCUCCCCGGGGCCCAAACGCUCCGGAAACACUCUGAAGAAACUGUUCAGUCCAGUCCGGCGCCUCAGCAGCAGCUCCGUCAAGAAGUCGCCCAACAACAAAACCAAGAAGACCGGAAUCGGCAACGAGGGCUUCGAGCACCGGUCGCACCUGGCGCUCCAGGAUGACAUCAUCAAUGAGACUGUGGCGAGUAAAGAAGUUUCUCUGGCAAAGUCUGGGAUGCAGAGCGGAGGAGAAGAGGAUCAGGAUGAAGAGGCAGCCACUCCUCUUCCUCCUCGCAUGGAGAUCAUGAAUGGGCCCGAUGACAAGCCGUUGGAGUCGGGAACAUACCCUGGGUUCGAGUCCCUGUCCCCUACAGAACAGACCACACCAGUCCAGCCUCGGAACCCUGAGCUGGAGCAGAGGGCGAAGGCUCUGAGGGGCCGCAUGUACGCGCUGAAUGAGAUGAUUCAGUCGGAAAAAGACUAUGUCCAGUAUCUUGGAAUUAUAGUGGAGGGCUUCAUGAAAAGGAUAAAGGAGAAAGGGGUUCCCGAAAAUAUGGAAGGAAAAGACAAGAUUGUUUUUGGGAAUAUCCAACAAAUCUACGAGUGGCAUAGAGACUACUUUGUGGGAGAGUUGGAGAAAUGUCUGGAGGACCAUGAUUAUCUUGCGGAGCUCUUCAUCAAACAUGAGCGGAGACUUCACAUGUACGUCAUCUACUGCCAGAACAAACCCAAGUCAGAGUACAUCGUAGCAGAAUAUGAUUCAUACUUUAAUGGAAUUCAGCAAGACAUCCAGAUGAAGUCUGGCAUUGGGGAAUAUCUCAUUAAACCUAUUCAAAGAAUCACCAAAUAUCACUUGAUACUAAAGGAAUUUCUGAUGUACAGCUUAAAGGCAGGACUGGACUGUGACCAAAUUGAGAAAGCUGUCGACAUCAUGUCCCAGGUUCCUAAACUCUGCAAUGACAUGAUGAAUUUGGGCCGAUUACAAGGUUAUGAGGGUAAACUGACCAGUCAGGGCAAGCUGCUGCAGCAGGAAACCUUCUUUGUGACGGAGCAGGACGGAGGAGUUCUGUCUCGAGCCAAAGAGCGCCGGGUUUUCCUCUUUGAGCAGAUCGUCAUCUUCAGUGAGCUGCUCCGGAACACACCCGGGUACCUGUUCAAAAAGAGCAUAAAGGUCUCCUACUUGGGCCUGGAGGAGAGUGUGGAUAACGACCCGUGUAAGUUUGUGCUGGUGUCUCGAGGGACGUCUGAGCACUUCACUCUUCAGGCGGCCAACGUCGAAAUCAAACAAGUCUGGCUCCAGCACAUAAAAGAGCGGCUGGAAUAUCAAAGCAACUUGUUAAAUGCCCUACAGUUUCCCAUGACGUACCAGAACGAGACCAAGGGCUCCUCACUGAACAGAAACCGAUCCACGUCCAGCACUCAGCCAGGACCCCACAGCCGGCCCUCCUCUGCCGUGGACAUGGACCGCAGCAAGAGCCAGAUCAAAGUGUCCACCUCUAACGGAGGCUCCUGCUUCAGUCCCAGGGACAGCGACGGCGGCUGUAACGGCGUCUCGUCCACCAUGUUGGUAGCUCAGGACUACGCUGCGCUCAAAGAGAACGAGAUCAACGUGACCCAAGGAGAGGUGGUCCAAAUACUGGCCACGAACCAGCAGAACAUGUGCCUGGUGUAUCGCCCGGCCAACGCCAUGUCGCCCGCUGCAGAGGGCUGGGUCCCGGGACACGUGCUGGGUCCGGUCUCUAAACCCCUCAGAGACUCGUCCUCCGCCUGCUCCUUCUCUGCAGCCGUGGCCGACGCAAACAACAUCAAAAAGUCAUUAUCGUGGAACACUCUGCGUGCCCGGAAACGUGCCGAAGCCAAAGAUGUGGCUCCUCUGGGGGCCAGGGCUCCUGAGAACGGCCUUGUCCGUAAACCUAAAGACACUACCCCCCCCUCGUCUGUGGGGGCCCCCGUCACCAAGGCCAAGGGCAAAGACGUCCACACUUCAGACGAGUCCGACUGUGAAGAUGACCUUGACCCAAAAUCAGGCAUGGAGCUUCUCAACCCCAACUUUAUCCAAGAGGUGGCCCCUGAGUUCCUGGUGCCUUUGUCGGAUGUGGUUUGUGCGUUUGGGGAGACUGUGGUUCUCUGCUGUAAAGUGUGUGGUCGUCCCAAACCCACCAUCACACUGAAGGGGCCGGACCAGAACCCAGUGACCAGCAACAGUCGCUUCACCACCGAGUUCAGGGACACCGGUGACAUCCUGUUGAAAGUGUGUAACCUUCUACCUCAAGACACGGGUAUUUACACGUGUGUCGCAGUCAACGAACACGGAUCGGCUUCGUCCUCUGCCUCCAUAAAGGUUCAAGGGAUCCCUGCGGCCCCUGGGAGGCCCGUGGCGCAGGAGGCCAGCAGCUCGUCCGUGAUGGUCCACUGGUCUCCGCCUCCGUCGUCCGCCCACAGCGCCGUGAGCAGCUACAGCGUGGAGUACCGACAGGAGGACUCGUUUCUAUGGCAACAAGUUUGCAGCAGUUGUGAGGAGUGUGUGCAGAUCGACGCCCUGAUCCCGGGGGGGCACUAUCAGUUCAGGGUCAGAGCCUCCAAUCGCUGGGGAGUGGGACCUCCGUCUGAGCCCUCCAACAUGGUCACGUUACCCAGCACCAGUGUUGAUGGUGCCGCAGUCCAAUGGAAGGAGAACUUUGAGACGUCUUUUUCUGAGAUCCUGGAGAUCGGCCGGGGAAGAUUUUCCGUGGUCAGAAAAUGUCUGAACAAAUCCUCGAAGAAGGAGGUUGCAGUUAAAUUCGUCAGUAAAAAAAUGCUGAAGAAGGAAGCGGUGGCUCACGAAGCUGACAUCCUGCGCCAGGCGUUGACACUAUGUACAGGCGUUGACACUAUGUACAGGCGUUGA